CUUUUCCAGACUGCCGGCGGCAGUUUACAAUUACUAAAGGAGAAAUUUUUUACAGAUGCCCCCUCCCCCUCUUCCCAGUAACAUUUGUGGACAAGUAUGUUCUUAGAAAUAAUACCGUCCCCAGAGAAGACAUUCCACGCAAAGAGGUCAAAUGACAUAAUAAAGAUGAAAUAAAAAAAUGAAGAAACCCAAUACAAAAGCCGGUCGCCAUUACAACAAAUGGGAACUUCAUAAAACCGAAAUUGUCGACCCACGCGCAAGCGCAGUUUUGCGUGUACCAGGUGGCUACCUCGAGUAGAAACACUACAAUCAAUCAAUCAUAACGUGGUCAGAACGCUUAGCUAAAAGCUAGUUUACAGGUACGCCACGAAAUAAAAAGAAAAAAGGAAAUCUACGAAAGUAGAUAACGAAACCUGUUCUGAGGAAAUAGGGCUAGUGGCGUUGCGUUCUCUUGAGGUUUUAAACGUCGCUGGAUCAAGAAAUAUGGCAGCCCAACCGAUCAAAAUGUUCUAUACAUCUCUCUUUUCAAGUGAAGGAAUCCCUGCUGGAUUAGACUUUCAGAAAAAGGAUACUCACGAGAUGUCGUUUACUGAACAAGGAAAAAUAGUCACCCAAUGUUCACAGCAAAACGAUCUACAUUUCCAUAACUUGUAAGUUACAAGUUCAGUAAACCUCACGUAACAUGAUUUUACUUUUAACCUUAUAACCCAUCAUGAAUGAAGACAAAUGACUAGACAAAGCAACCUUAGGUGCUUUCGAUGAUAUACCUCGGCUCUACUUCAGUUUAUGGCUAUGUGGUCUACAAUAUCUGGAAACAAAUUCAAACCCGUGAGAAAAAAGAAAUGUUUUUGGCAAGAAGUAAAAAUCUUUUCAUUUCAAAAACUGCAGGUUCACCCCACGUUCAUGUGUACAUCGAAUGUUGACUGAUGAUCAGCUACGCGUAAGUUGUAUUACAGUCUAUCUAAUAACAAAGCGUUCAUAGCCUCGAUGUUAUCAAGACAGUUUGUUUCCUUAUUUGUUUCUGGUUUCUCUUAUUACCUUAUCGUGUACCGUUUAUGGUCUAUGCAAUUUCUCUUUAUCAAUUUCUUUGCAAUGUAUCUUUAAGUUUUUUGAUUUAGAACAUACAAACGUCAAAAGGCUGCAUCAAAGAACAAACAUUACGUGAGGGUUAUUUAUCAAUCUAUUUACGUACUUAUUUAGUAAUCUUUCGUGUUUUCUUUUCUGCAGGAAACGGAAAGGGUAAACAUUGUGGUACGGCAACACCAAGGAACGCCCCAAUGCAGGGAACGAUCAUCGAUAAAUAUACUUCCAGUUCGAGAAAGUCUGUAGAUUUGUCGUAACAUGAGUUUUCAGGGCUAGACGCUAAGAAUCUUUCAUUCAUUGACUGCUAUGAAUGCUGCAUAAUGCUAAUCAGUAAGAUGUAAUUAGCCAAGUAAGCAAUGGAACUAAUUAGGCUAUCAAAGUGGUUUUCGGCUGAGUGUUUCAAGUAAUCCAGAUUUGCUUCAUUAAGUUUCACGACUGGCUCUAUAAAAAACUCGCGCCACUCUCUCUUAACCAAUCAGGAGCCAAACGUAAGCCAAUCCUGUUGUGGUUACCUCUUUUUCCGGCCAUUGACGGCCACGGGUUGUUUACACGGCUAUGGUUCACUGACUCAUACUUUUAUUGAAUCAUUAUUUCUUUUAUGCCGCAGGUUCCCUGUAUAUAUCACUCCAGUAAAUAAAUAAAAAACCAAAAGAAACCUAGUUACAAAAUGCCUCAAGACUCAGUCUCUAACAAAACAAAGUGCCUCCAGUGAUUGCUCUAGAAUGAUUGAGCACAUACAAAAUGUUCAUAGACAGGCCAUUCACUAAAAAACCCUCCUCUGCGUUUUUUCAGCGCUACGUGGUUUCAUCACAUUUACAGGUUUCUGUCAAUUGACGUGCUUCUUUCAUCCAUUUAAGAGAGUCAGUCCACAGUUAAAUAAGCAGUACCAAAUUUGCAUUUCAACGUGUUGGUCAGCCUCAAUAUUCUAAGUUGCGCCGUCAGUCAAACGGAAACAACCGUCACCCCUUGCCGGUUUAAUGUAACGGGCUCUGUAUUAACAUAGCUACAGUCUUAAGCAACAGAUCACAUUUAAGUAAUGAAGACAGUCACCUUGAACAGCGAACUUAACGUGUUGCCAAAAGGUCAGUAAGGAUUCUAGAAAUUAGACUGAUACCACUAGCAUACUAAUUUUAGGCUAAAGCUAUCCUAAGUCGUAAUUCUUUCACAACCGGCAAUUUAAUUCGAUAAUUACGAAUCCCAGUGUAUCUACAACGUUUCGGAAGCAUAGAAUGUGAUUUUAAAAGGACAGAGCAUUGAAAAUGCUGUCUCCUGUACACUCAAGAGAAUGGAAUUAUUUAUGUUCCCACGAAGUAACGGAAAAGUAAACAAAACAAAUCAAAGUAUGGGCGGAAUAUAAAUUUUUAUAAGAUAAUACGGCUCAAAGAGGGUCUUGAAUGAGCACGCCAAAAUAAAGGUUAAGACGAGCACAUGCAAUGAACUCAAUGAACAGCUCAUUUUCCACACCUCGCCUCUCUUACCGAUUAAGAAUUAGAGAGAGAUAAAAAUACAUGACACAAACACAAAGAAAUUCUAACCUAAGGUCAUCCUCAUAAAGACUGAGCUGAGCCGCAGGAAUUUUCACGCCACCAAUCAGAAGGUGUUAAACAAUUCUUCAUAGCUAACUGAUUGAUCCGCUGUAGUCACGAGAAUUUCAGUUAGAGUUUUAUUGAAAGCUGUUAGAAGGGAGUUACAUUUUCUUUGCCUGUUGUGUUUAUACAGGAUGGUUAGAGCUCUCGACUGCUCAACUUGUUUCAGGUCUUCGUAUCUCGAAGUCUACAUCGACAGAUUACAAGUAACAGAAAACGGUCACAACAAUCAAAAAACGAUCAUGAAAUGCGGAAGAUGACAUAAGCUGUUAGAUGCGAAAGACUCUACUCAGAUGGCGCCUUUUCACUCUGAUGUACAAACUUCUAGGAUGGCGGAGAAACGUGGACGACGCUCUCUGGCUGAUUUAUCCUCACUGACAAACCACAUGGAAAAUCUCGUGAAAUCAAGACACUCCCCCAGAUGGCAACCUUCUGACCAACUGGCAUACAGAGAACAGUCCCAAUACCCCAGCGAGAGCAGUGACGAGGAAGAAGACAAAAACAAAGAGAAUGAAGACAUGAGAUUUCUAUCCGAUGAAAGCCAAACGGAUGGAUUGAUGAACACAUCGAUCAUUUUGAGACACCACAUACUGAGAUCCAAUGAACAGAACAUCAGAAGUCAACCUGAAGACCAAUUCUACAUUGGUCUACUGGAGGCAACGUGUUUAUUUUUUGUUCAGGUACAUGGAUGUCGUCGAAGCAGACGGGCUCCAAAAAAAUCGCACAAAGAUUCGUCCAAGAUAGUUAAAACAAUAGAUUUCACUUUCUUUAAACGUCCAGAGAUGGAAAAUGAUGAAAAAGAUGGAAAACAUUUAAGUGCCAUCGAUGAAAAUCCGUUACAAGAUACUAGCGACCUAAUUGUUGCCAUAGUGACCGACGUGGGCUCAUUUUUCAGCGGGCUCUCCAAAACAAGUCCAUGUGAUUACUCGCUGAUCGUGGCGAGAUUUUUGGACUUGGACGGUUUCAACUAG